CCACGGCAGCCUAUCAUAAAUCAGGCCCGUGAGACAGUGCGUUUUUUGUCCGAAGUAUCUUUUUUGUUUGUUUUAGUUGGCCCUUCCCGGCGAGCUGAAGCCAUGUCCGGUGACGACACUUAUGCGCCAAAGAGCCCCGAUCUGUCUUCCUUCCACUCGGGCCCCACACCUCCGUCGGAACCUGCAGAACCCCAGCUGUUUUUAUCGCAGCCAUCCCAGCCAAACUUUUUGCACCUGCAGUCUCCUGCAAGUACUUCUUUUGCGAGCGCUCACCACCCGCACCGUCAGGCGCCUCAAACCCAACAACAAUACCAGCUUGCGACGCCACCACAGGCAAUCGCGCACCCGCGACCCACACACAACUCAAACACCAGCCAACCACCAGGGUUUGGUGUAGGACCACCCUCCGCCUCGCAGCACGAAUACUAUUCCCCUCGCGCAGCAAGCUUUCCCACCCCUGGAUAUUCCCAACCGAAUACCGGAUACCCGGCAACACAAGCAUCACCACCACAGCAGCACCUGCCGCCAUUCUACCAGCCGUCUUAUCGUGACAGCUUCCAGUACCAGCAUUACCAACAUCAUCCUCACCAACACCCGCACGAUCUCAUUGCGGCCCAAGCCCAGGCGCACCAUCCCUACGACUACUCGGCAGCGGGCGGCGCAGGCUACGAACCGGCCGACGCGAUGCCCCCCCGGAGAGCGGCCGCGGCCGCGGCAGCAGCGGCGGUCGCCGCGCAGACGGCGUCGGACACGGCCGGGGACAACGGAUCCCUGAGCCCCGCGGCAUCGGCGACCGCAUCGGCAGCAACAUCGGUGGUGGUAGCCGCUGCUGCCCCCGGCGCCGGCGCCGGCGCCGCCGCCGCGCCGCCCUCGAUCGAGGCGGCGACGGUCAAGACCAAGUUCCCGACGGCGCGCAUCAAGCGGAUCAUGCAGGCGGACGAGGAGGUGGGCAAGGUGGCGCAGCAGACGCCGAUCGCGGUGGGCAAGGCGCUGGAGCUGUUCAUGAUGGCGCUCGUCACCAAGAGCGCCGACGUGGCGCGCCAGCGCAACUCCAAGCGCGUGUCGGCCCAGAUGCUCAAGCAGGUCGUCGAGGGCGACGACCAGUGGGACUUUUUGCGGGAUAUCGUCGGGAAAGUGGACGGGGACGAGAAGGGCGGGCGCGGCGCGGGCCAGAGCCAGGGCGGUGGGCGGGGGAAAGCGGAGAAUAGUGAUACGGACGAGGAGAUGGGUAGUGGCGGUGGUGGUGAGGUGGCUGCUGCUGGGGUGAAGAAGAAGAGGGGUGGUGGGAGGAAGAAGAAGGGCCAGUAGGGCGGCCUGGGGUUGGGGUUGGGGGGCAAAGGGUCACGGGCUAGGGGGGCUUGUGCCCGACGGUCGGGCCGGGCAGGGCAUGAGAGACGGGCAACCGAGGGAUGAGGAAUGAAUGGUCGGGCAAAUGAUAUUUACGGGCGGGGGAAUGGGCGUUGGGCUGUGCAUUGUACAAAGCGAUGUUUACUAUGGUGUUUUGGCAGUGGACAAUUCAUGCCACUGGGCGGCGUGCUGGAAUUACUCGCCGUAGAUUUGGAAUUCGAUAGAUCGCAAACGAGGGACGAGUUGUCG